AUGACCCGCUAUACGAAACUCGAAGGACGUCGCACCAUUGACAAUGGCGCGCGGCCUAUCACUGCGAUAUGCACCCAAGAAAAUAAUUCGAACGCUGUUGUGAUGGAUACACCCAUGCGCGAAGAUCCCAAAAAAUUGCUUAAGCGCGCAAAGCUAUUACGACUCAAAGCUAAGAAAGCAAGCUCGGACGAGACGCGCGCCAAAUUCGAGCGCGAAAUCAAGGAGGUCGAGAUCCAAGUGAAUGCAUCGAACGGUGCUCGGGGCUCGCUCGGCAAACGCAAGAAGCAAAAUAACGAGACGUCCCGCUCGUGGCGGCCGCGACUCGGGGACCAAAGUAGCGAGUUUCGUCGUGCAAGACGAGCGGAUGAGCGCACUUCCUCGACACGAUGCUUUGUAUGCCGUGGUAUGGGACAUUCUGCGAAGGAAUGUUCUGAGCAUGUGGCUGGCGAAGGUGCUACUGCUGGCCGGGAUACCGUCGGGAUCUGUUUCCGGUGCGGAAGCACCGAGCAUACAUUGUCCAAGUGCCGUCGUGGAUCGAAGCGUGAUGACCAUCUGCCGUUUGCAACGUGUUACAUUUGCUCAACAAAAGGACACUUGUCGUCCAAGUGCCCUGAAAAUAUGGGGCGCGGCGUGUACCCCGAGGGCGGGAGCUGCAAAGUGUGUAAAUCCGUCGAGCACCUUGCUAAAGAUUGCCCCUUGGAUCCGCGCCGGGUUUCCUCCGCAGGCGCUAUUGAUGCCGGGGGCGUGGGCAUUCUUGCCGCUGAUGCCGACGUGCAGAUUGGCGCUGAUGAGGACGAGUUUCACACUGUAGCACAGGCACGCGCAAGACACACACCGCGGCCGGCAGCGGCGUGCAAGCCAAGGAAAAAGGUCGUCUCUUUUUAA